AUGGGUCCAGUUCCAAGAAAACGACCAAGAAUGGCGAGAAACUUGGGAAAUUUGAAGUGGAAUUCAAUUCCAGAAGAAAUGCAACAAAUGAUUGUCGAUAAAAUGGAUCGAAAAACCAAUUGUAAAUUCAUGCGAUGCUCGAAAAAAUCGGAAAAUCAAGCGAGAAGAUCGCCCGAUUAUUUAUAUAGUUAUGAGAUCAGAGAAGAUGAGACCAGCAAAAAGAAGAUGUUGCUGUUAUCAUUCACAAAACAUUCAAUGACACGUUAUUGGUAUGAGUUUGCGGAAGUUCAAGGCGAACCAAAUCGAACUGUUGUUAUGUACAAGUAUAAUAGUCCCGAAAAUGCAAUGAAAUCAGUUACAAAAUGGGUGGAAUUAGUUGAUGGAAGUCCGGAAGAAAAUCGAUUGAAAUAUAUUCAGAAACAUAUUCAAAGUUAUAAAUAUAGUAUCAAGCUGUUCAAAAUUAAUGUAAGAUUAACUCGAUUUUCUAGAUCACACAUUCUUAAAUAGAAGUUUACAGGAUUCGAAUGUGCCAAUUGAAAAAUUUGAUGUUCGAGAGCUAAAAUGCUUGAAAAAACUGAUGUUCCAUUUCGAGUUUCCCGAAAUAUCUGAGGAGAAAAUGAACAACUUUGCUGACAUCAAAAAACUACAAAAUAUUUCGAAUCUUCAAGCUCUUUCAUUGAUUUUCACAUUUGAACAAGUUGUGAACUUUAAUGGGAAGAAAUUGGUUAUCAGAUCCGCUGAAUUCAAUUUGGAGAACAUGUCAAAAUAUUUGAUAAUGUUGCAAAUGGAAGAUAUUGUUAUUAAUGAAUUGUCGGUUAUUCGCUCUGUUCGAGAUCAAUUUGCGUUGCGAGAUUUGACAAAGAAUUUGAGAUUUUCGAAUUAUGUGGAAGAGAAAGACUACGAAGAGGAUGAAACUACGUGAGAUUUGUUACAAGUGGUUUGGUUUAACUUACAAUUGAGACCUUUAUCAAAAAUUGUAGAACUCAACUCCUUAUAUGAGUUAUGACGUGGUAAAGUUUGAAUAUUUCGGAAGUUAGACAUGCAAAAUCACAAUUUCUCGAAAUUUUCAAACUUUACCACGUCAUUACUCAUAUCAGGAGUUGAGUUUUGCAAAUUUUGACAUUUAAAUUGUAAUAAGGGGGUCAAAAAUUAGAAGAAAUCCUAUUUUUCAUAAAAAAAAAUCUCGAGGUUGGCACGUUGAACCAGUUCCUUGUCAGAUUUUCGAAAAAAAAAAUAAAUAUACCCCAAAUUUCCAGAUCCUCGUGCACUUUCACUCUCAACUCAUUGAAUGGUCGAAAAUAUUCUGUCACUUUAUCAAAAUACAGUUUCGAAAUCUAUGUUAUGAAAUGA